UAUUGACUUAUUGAUUUGUUUUGUUUAUAUCGUGAGGUUAUAAUUAUUGGAAUUGUGUUUUCUAUUUACAUAGUUAUCUAAUUGUGAGUUGAGUGUAGGUAUCUACCUAUUAAAACUAAAACUCAAACAAUACGUGUAUAAAAUUCCUGACAGUUGCAAUUUUGUCAAAUAAAUAAUUUCAAAUUAUUUUCUAUCUUUUCUAUCAUGUCUGACAUAGAGGAGCCCCCAGCGAAAAUAUUAAAAACAGAGAUGAGCUCUAAUAAGGCGGAGGAGAGUGAGAUGGCUGAAGGCCAAGAGGAAUGGCUUAGUGAGGAACUGCUCACCGAUGAUGACCAUCCUAAUGCGGAUCCGGACAAAACGGAUUCGAACCUGGACACGAGUCAGGAAGAGCUGGACGAGACGUUCCUGGACGAGGCCUUGCUCAGCGCUGACCACUCCAUGGACAGCCACAACGCGUCACAGGGCACCAGCCAGGGGAAUGUGCGACAGGAAAGUGAAGCAAGUCAGGAGACCAAAAAAGACAAGCCGGAGACAGAGAGUAUAGAACAGACAUUGAACAACUUGGAGAACCAAAGCCAGGACUCCGCAGCGGAGCAGGCCGAGAGCCAGAUAACUGAGAAGUCCGAUGGGAAUGAUACGGACGAUCUGUUGCGUCUGCUCGGCGACAACGACGAGAAGACCAAGAAGAAAGUGCUGGUGAAGACCAAAGACAAGAAGAAGAACGGGGUGAGCAGAGUCCUGGCGGAGAUGGAGAGGGCCGCGGUGAACGACGACGAAACGGGAUCGAGCGACGAUGAAUACAUAUAUAACAGUACAACGAUACAAAAGUUGAGGGUUGCCAAGAAUGCGAUCGUGAGGAAGCCAGCUUCGAGGGCCGAGCCCGAGGAUCUUAGCGACGGGGAUGACGAGACUGACUGUUCUUCGAACGAAGCGGUGACAAUGAAGAAUAUAUUCACGGUGAACAAGAAACGUAACAAUGUGGCGUCGAAGAGCACGUCCAAACCGCCGUACCCCAGACAGAGUCAGGCGAAACAAGCCGUCAACAAAAUAGAGAGUCGAGUUCAACAAAAGCAGCCGCCCACCAAGACGCAAGUGACGUCAAAGGCUCCAUUGAAAAUCAUCGGUCGCAAUACUACAGUGAAGACUGUUAGGGCUCCGUCCGCCCCGGUCAAGGUCAACAGGAGGGUCAAGGAGGAAUCCGCCCAUGCCAACGAGCUGGAUGAAAUCAUAAACGAAAAUGAAUUUAUGGAAGAAGAUGGAAUCGAUUUGAACGAUGAUUUCGCGGUGAAUUCAGACGAGGGAGUCGCGAUAAAACGGAAUAAGCAACAGAUAAUGAAACCGGAGGAAAUGGACGAGGAGGUGCCGACUGACGCGGAAAGUUCCGACGGCGACAUUAGUAUGUACGAUGAAUUACCUUCAUCGGAAUCCGAAGAUAUGAAUGAUAUGUUCACAUUGGACAUCAGAGCUGAACGGGCCAGCGACUACCUCCCCCUAUUAGGUAACAAAGCUUACGAUCUUCUCAACGGCGAAAAACGCCGCGUCGCUGAACACCUCAAGACUCUUCGUAACAGCGUCUCUCAGCUGUCUUGUAGCGGACAGAGGCAAGCGGAUCAGCUCAGAAGGGCAGCUGUCACCUUGUCUGAGCUGGACGAUAUGCUAAAAGCUGCUUAACCUUGAAAUAUAGAUAUACAUAGAUACAUCCUACUACUAUUAUAAAGGCGAAAGUUUGUAUGGAUGUAUGGAUGUUUGUUACUCUUUCACGCAAAAACUACUGAACCGAUUACCAUGAAAUUUGGUAUGUAGGUAGCUGAAGACCCAGAAUAACACAUAGGCUACUUUUUAUCCCAGAGUUCCCGCGGGAUUGAUAUGGUUUUCAUGCGGACGAAGUCGCGGGCGGCCUCUAGUACAUACAUAAAAUCACGCCUCUUUCCCGGAGGGGUUAGCAGAGUACCUCUUUCCACUUGCCACGAUCUCUGCAUACUUUUUUCGCUUCAUCCACAUUCAUAACUCUCUUCAUGCAAGCUCGGCGGUUUCGGGUACUUUUGACCUAUAUAAUAAUACUAGCGACCCGCCCCGGCUUCGCACGGGUGCAAAAUUAUAAAUGUUAUUAUAAAUAAAAACCUCCCUCUUGAAUCACUCUACCUGUUACAAAAAACCGCAUCAAAGUCCCUUGCGUAAUUUUAAAGAUUUAAGCAUACAGACGAACAGACUAAAAUAGCGACUUUGUUUUAUACUAUGUAGUGAUGCUUAAAUAUAGAUAUAGGAUCUGUAUCAAAUAGCAGAGACCCACCAACGCUACACUUAUCAUACAAUCAUAUAGUAAACCCAUUCAAUAAAUAAUUAGUUGCCAAACAAAACACUAAGCAUCUUAAAAAAAAAAAAAAAAUAUAGAUAUAGUUUAAGUGUAAAUUG